UUAGUUUUGAAUUCGCGCUACUCGAGUGAUGUACGAUUUACCGCAGCGUUCGACAGCGACAUUGGACGGAAAUAGUUAAAGGAAUUAGCGUUUGGAAAUGAUGUGAUGAAGUGUGAUUAUUUUUUUCGAUAAAUGAGUCGAAAUACUGAAAAUAAACAAAUAUUUUUUAGAAAAGUGAAAUGGUUUUAUUUAGUGAUGCAAAGUUUCCACCUCGUCAUUUACAUGUUUUUUAGCAGCUGCAAGGAUUUUCAGUUGACAGCUGUAGAAAUAAGUGUUGACAGUGUGCAAGUGCAGUGAAGUGAAUGAUUGCAUGAAACCGAAAAAAAAAAAUAUUAAAAUAAUAGUAUAAAUACCACACAAAGAAAUAAAAAAUAAGAAAAAAACUAAACUAUUUAGGGCAACUGAAUUGAAAAUCCCUGAAAUCUACUGGAGUGAAUGUGGUAGUUUCUUAAAAAAAAUUUGAAAAACGACGUUAAAACUUCAAACUCAAGAUGCGGAAUUAAAAAUGAAAACUCGACACACGCAAACGCCACAUUAGACAGCUGAGCCGAGCACACAAUGUCUGCAGCUAUCUUCUGUUUUUAUAUUCUUAAAAUCGGUGAUUAGGAAGUGUUGCACCCUAACGUUCUAAUGCAGACGAUAUGGGCACAACAUGGCCUCAGCACAUAUAUUACAAUACUACAGCAACACUAGAACUAAAACAGCGGCAACGGUAUCCCCAAAAACAGCAACAACAAUUGCGCAACAUUGUUACGAGCGAAACACUUCCGGCACACCAGAGGCAUGUCUCAUCACUAACGAGCGGAAACAAUUUGCAGACGAGUCGUCAGCAACAGCUGUUAGUGAAAAUACAACAAAAACAAAGACACCUAGAGGAAUAUCGACGGCAUUGUUGUCGUAUUGUCUGCCGCCCAUUGCAACAAUCGACAAUAUUUGGGUUCACAGCAAUUCGGUCACGACGCCACUGCAAGAGCCGACGAGUGAUCAGAAACUGCGCAGGGCCAAGCUACAGGUAUUGCAUGCGAGUACUGCAAACGAAGUUAACAAAGGGGCAUAUAACUGUUUUGAAACGCCAACGCCAUGGAAACCAACUGCUGCCACAAAGCGAUCAAGCUCCAGGCCAACAGACCCGACGCUGUCGCCGAAUCAGAAGUCACACGAAGCUGCAGAUGAUGUUCAUACGUUUCGUUGUGUGGACAGUGGUAGGAGAGGCAGAAGCAAAAGUGAAAGCGCUGGAAGCUACGGUGACUUGCAAGCAGAACGCCCGCAGAGACCGCAACAACAGCAAAAACGUUGGCAUUCGGAAAGCAGAGACGAAGCAUUGUCGUGUGGCUGUACAAGAGUUAAAGGUAUUGCAAAUAUGUCAAGUGCAGCCGUGUCUAACGCCAACCAACAACAACAAGGACUGUGCAGUGAUGUCGCCGGCAUUGUUGUUGGUGCUAUUGCAAGUUUACGCAAAACAUCUACAGGGAAUUGCGCUCGACAGCGGUCACAAGCUAUUGCUUACACGCACUGUGCACCAACAAAGGAGAAACAUAACAACACAAACAACAAAACCAAAUGCUGCCAAUCAAACGAAACGAAACAAAGCGAAACACACAACGUUGCCAGAGGCUGCCACGCAGCUGGAGAAUGCGAUUGCUGCUGCAGUCCGCAUCUCUUUUCGUCAUGUACACGCCAAUCUUCCAGAAAUGCUAUCGAACAGCAACAACAACUACAACUCAGCGGUCUAUCAAACGGCUCCAACCAAGAAUUUUCUCAGCUGCUUGCCGACAGCUGCUGGUCGCUCACUUGCAAUGCUGCACCUCAGCUACUCAAACAACCACAAACAGCAACAAAUGCAACACCUUUGCAAUCACAAUCCACAACAACAGCAGCAAAAACCACGAAUGAACAACGAAGUAUAUUUCAAUACAAAACGAACAAAAAUAGCAAAUUGUACUACAAGAGGGGUGUUGCGAACGAGCUCUAUUUGGAAAGAGCUGCUGCAGCUGAUGCUGACUUUGGUGGCGGUUGCGGCACAUUUCUAUCUACGCUGUGCUGCUCUGUGCGUUCGAAGCUUCUGUUUGCCGUGGCCGACCUGCAAGCCCUGUCACGCGCUCUUUUCUCGCUCAUCAUUAUCUUCAACAUGCUGCCGUUAUUUUAUGCAGGUAUGAAAAACGAAUUGUCGCUAACAAAUCAAUGCGACCAGACAUUCGUUUCACGUAUUGGCGGCCCACAGAAUGGCACAUUCACCGCGCCGCUGCUGCACAAUCACAAGAACCAUUCGCGUCAGUGCUUGUACACUUUCCUAGCAGGACCCGGGCAACGCGUCGAAGUACUUUUUACAUCGUUUAAUUUAAGAGGAAGUCCACCAGACGGUUCCGCCGUCGGUGAAUUACCAGCCUGUGUUCACGAGUACAUGGAUAUAUAUUCGGAAGUGCAGUCGUCAGAUCCAGCUGAGCUAAUAAAUUCACCGUUUGGUGGACGAUAUUGCGGUACAAUACCGCCGCGACGACGUAUCUCCAUGUACCGAGCUAUAGCCAUCUCAUUUUUUACCAAUAAAAAUGUAUCAACACCCGACUUAUUCGAAGGAACUUAUAGAUUUAUAAAUGCAUCUGAAUAUGAAAUUGGUAUACCAAUAGCGGGUUCACCAUGUUCCUACACCAUUACGCCUAGCAUGAGUAUCAAUAAAACUGGGGCACUCAUAUCGCCAACCUAUCCGGGUGCCUAUCCAAAAGAUAUGUCAUGCACAUAUCAAUUUCUCGGCGAAUCGAAUCAAAGAGUUAGAUUAGAAUUUCGAGAUUUUGAUCUAUUUUUUGGUGGACCACACUGCCCAUUUGACUAUGUCAAAGUGUAUGAUGGUCCCGAUAAUUCGUCAGCAUUAAUUGGUACAUAUUGCGGACAGCAAAGGAAUUUAGUUUUAUACUCAAGCGAAUCGAGCCUUUUUGUUCAUUUUUAUACAUUGCCGAGAACAGCGAAUACCCAAAAUCGUGGCUUUAAAGGAAUUUAUGAAUUUAGCGAAAGUUUUGUUAAAUUAGAUUUUAUACGUGAAAAUGAUGGCAUUCACAUACGUGGCUCGGAAUGUGAUCAAAAGAUAUUAUCGAGAAAGGAAUCAACGGGUUUUGUGCUCUCACCAAAUUAUCCCUACCCAUACAUACCGAAAACUGUGUGUAGAUACUUCAUUUACGGCAUGCAAGAUGCGCAGCAUCUGGAACGUGUACGUCUGGAGUUCUCCGCUUUCAAUAUACCCAAGGUAGAGCACAAGGAUAAAAGCGAGUCCAAUUGCACAGACGGUUAUCUUAAAAUCUAUCUGAAGGGACAGGAAACAGCCGAUGCCUAUGACAAAUUUGACUAUGAGUUAUGUGGCAAUGAAACGCAACGCGUUCUCAGCGAUGGACCACGCUUGGCAAUGGUCUUCAGUUCGGGUGAGCUACAGGGUCGCGGGUUCAAGGGUAAAUACACCUUUGAAACUGAAUAUAAAAUACCUGGCACCGCCGCACCCGAUGGCACGUGCAGCUUCACAUAUGUGAGCAGUUCAAAGAAGCGUGGCGAACUGAACAGUCCUCGCUAUCCUUCCAACUACCCAUCGGACACGAAUUGUUCGUAUCUGUUUCUAGGCGAACCGAAUGAGCAGGUCACGAUCGUCUUCGAUCAUUUCAAAAUUAAAGCGGAUGGUAACUCAAAUGCAACAGCUGGAGCUUAUGGUUCUAGCGCUUGCUUUGAAGACUGGCUGGAAAUGUAUGUUGUUUAUCGUGAUAACAACGAUCGUUUUCUUGGUCGCUACUGUGGUCUGACAGCACCCGGCCCCGUUGAGAGCCCAAGGGGUGCGGUGGGUCUGCGUAUCACAUUGCAUACGGAUCAAGAGAAUGUGGCUAGCGGCUUCAAAGCGCGCUACUUUUUCGAAUCACCACGCUCCGAUGUGGCUGAAUGCGGUGGCAACUUCUCAGGUCAAGACUCGGGUAUUAUCACCUCUCCCAACUACCCAGCGGGCUAUAAGGCACCCAGUAGGGGCAUGGCUUCAAUGGCAUGCAAUUGGAUAAUGACAGCACGGCCGGGUUAUAAGUUAUCAAUUAACUUUGAGCACUUCUCCAUCGAAGGCGAUCCAGCAAAUCGUGGCUGUCCUGCUGCUGUUUUGCGACUUUGGGUCAAUGUCGAUUCAGACCAACCGCCAUUGGAAUUGUGUGGUGAAAAGCCACUCAUUGAACAGUGGUAUUACAUUUCCACUGGACAAACUGCUCGUAUCAGUUUCACAACCAGCGACAAAACCGUUGGUGCUCCGGGCUUCCGCAUUGUAUGGACUGAAAUACAAGACUCUGGUCCUGGACCCCCGUCCAUUGGACUGCUCUGUGAAUCAACAUACCACUUCCAAUGCGACGUGGGCUACUGCAUUUCCGAUAAGCUACGUUGCGAUGGCGUCAAAAACUGUGGUCCCGGUGAUGAUAGUGACGAAUUGCACUGUACCACACAAGCGCCCGAGGAGGAUCACGGCGUUCUAAUUAUAAUAACACUAAUCGUCGUCUCGUUCCUAAUCUGUCUCCUAUGCACACUCUGUCACUCCAAAAGAAAACGUAGAGCGCAUGUGCGCCAACUGGGCCUGCAUCGCAAUGCGCACUACGAUUCACAAACCAGCGCAACUGGUUUGAGUUCCAGCCGACGGCAUUUGCAAGGCGGUGCGAGCAUAUCGGGUAGUCUGCAUGGCAUCAAUAGCGGUUCAUUGAUGAUACCACCAGCGCCCCUGCCACCCACCAGCGUACCACCACCGCCGCACAUCUGCAUUGCAGGCGUCGACGGCCUCAGCGCGGGCAUACUAAUAAACGACGACGACGGCCUGGACGAUGACGACGAAAUCGAUCUGGACAAUGUGCAGCAUGAGAUAUUCAUUAACGACGUACGAUUCGACGAUGAGGAGAACCACUUGGAGCAAAUGCAUCAUUUGGAAAGCGUUUAACAAUUGGCGAAGGUUUUGGGCGGCAGUAGAGGCGUUAUCCCAUUGUUGCAACAAUAUGCGGCAUUUUAUAGGAAUUUACAAGCAUAGGAACAGAUUUAAUUUACAAUAAUAAGCAUUAAUGAAUAAUAGCGAAAACAUUAGUAAUAAUAGUUGUACGAGUACAUCAUUAAGUCAGGUUUUUAAUAACAGAAUAAAUCAAUAAAAUCUAAUUCCCAGCAAUUAAUAUGAAGUUUGAAGCAAUUAACAACAAAAAGUUACAAGAAAUAAUAUGAAAGAAAGAAAGUGCAGCAAUUGUGUUGAAAACGCCAAUGGUUCGGAGAAGUCAAUGUUAGUGAGGACUGAAGCAAUCUGUCAGAAAGUAUGAAAACGAGAGUCACUAAGAGAAGAGACGCAGAGUUUUUCUCUUUAAAUAUUAAGGGAAUAUAAGACGCGAAAAACGAUUGGGUUUAGACUGGGUUUGACGGUAUUUUACUGACUUUUUUUUAUUUUUGAGAAAAAAAAUCGAAUAAAAAUAAUAUAUACAUACAUAUUUGUGUCCACGCGACAUUUGGAAGAUCACCUAAAACAACUUGUUGUAAAAUAAUUUCCAUAAAUUUAAUAUUUAAUAGUUAACAGUACUGCGAAUGGUAGGAAGCGAGAUAGCAUUUUGACAAAGCUUUUUAUUGUGAAAAGUAGUGAACUUAAGGCGAAAUUGAAACGAGAGAAAAAUCUAAAAUGAAAUAAAUUGAAAACUAAUGGUAAAAAAAAACAACCAAAACAAAAAGAACAAAUCAUAAAAAGGCUCAUUAGAGAUAAUUAAAGAAUAAGUUAUAUAUAAAACAGCAUAAAAUAGUAAACGAAAAUAAAACGGUAAAUCUCAUUCAAAGUGAAUUCAUGGCGAAAAACAAAAUAUUGUUGAUUUUUAUAUUUGAUACGAUUUAGAAGCAUUAUACAUUUAUUAUUCGUAAGACCGCAGCCACAUUGACCGGUAAACAACAAUAACAGCAACGCAUAUACUACGUGUUUCAAUUCUGUUAACGACAAACACACGCACCCAUAAUAAGUACGAAAGUUGAGACCACAAACAGCACACAAUUGACUCAAAAAAUCACACAUUCUAACUCUUUUCUACACUCGUUCUGUAUCUUUUUCAACACUCAUUCCCUCAUCAAGCCGCUCGAGACACUUUCACGCAAACACAAAGUACGCGUACGCGAAGAAUGAAGCAGCAUGCCACAUCAAUAAUAAUGAUUCUAAAAUGUGCUCAAUACGUUAGUAAAUAUACAAUAAAAACAAUACGUACGAGUCUUAUUGCGAGUAAAUAAACAAAAUAAAUAAAUAAAUAGCAUACAUAUUUAAGUACAUACAUACAUACAUACAAAUUUGAUAGUAAAAUGCCAUAAAAACAAACAUAAAAAGCGUAACAAACGUCAAACGCUCAUACAUAAUACCUUUUUGAUGGCAAUAUUGCGUAUUUAUUACGGUAAAAAACUACGAAUGUGACCACAAACCGACAACAGACGAGUUGCUGCUCAGCCGUCGUGCUACUACACUGAAUAAUAAUAAUAAUCAAUUAGUGACUAUCAAAACUGCAUCUUCCAAAAUAAGUAAUUAAAUAACAAAAUACUAAGGCACUUAAAUAUAAAAAUAUAUAUUAUAUAAUGAGAUCUUUACCUUGGACACUGGCAUUAGGUAAAACAAAGAUAAACAUUUAUUAAACGAAAGCAUAAUAGUGAAAAUGCGUAUAAAAAGGGAUUGUAGCAAAUUUGAUAUUGAGAUUGAGUAACGCGAUUGUUGGCAGACAAAGAACGGAUAUGCAUAUAUUGAAAGGUUUAAAGAGCCUUUACUUAUAUUAAAUUAUGGGAAAAUUUUUAUAUAAUUAUUUUUUUUUUAUUAUAUAUUAUUUUUAAUUUUAUUUUUUUUAAUUUUUUUUAUUUUUUUAGAUGUGUUAAGAAUAUAAAUAAACGACAAAUUUUAAAACAAGUUUUUGUUUUAGCUUACAUUUCUUGCUAAUGAAGUUCGUUAACUCUGCUAUGAAGAAGAAUGAAGUUCCAAAGCUGGAAAUUCGAUAAUCAGAAAACAUGAAAAAAUAAAUAAAAUUUAAUUCGCAAUAUUUUCGCUGAAACAUUUUGCUUAAUUAUAGAAAAAGAUGUUUUUAUUUUGUUCGAAUUGAUUUUUAAUAGUUUUGUACUCGUUUUCAUUCGUGUGUACUCGCAUAUGCAAACUGCAGACACAGCGCGCAGUGGAAAAAAAUGUAAAAUCGUGUUGAAAGGCAAAAAAAUGAAGAAGCAACUAAAAAAUAUCAGUUUCGCCUAGAAUUAAGAUUAAUGAAUGCAACUAAAGUUAAACACUAAAUUAAAUGUUGGUAGUAAAUUUAAAGAAAAAAACUAAAUAAACUAGAAGUAAAACCAUGAUUAAACGAAGCAAAGAGUUGAAAAUUAAUUAAAAAGAAUUAAAUGAAUUGUAGUUAUAAUUAUUAAAAAUGCACGAAGGCAAUGUUAAAGAAAAAUGCUUAAUUAGACACAAAUGUAUUCAUUAAAUGAAAACUGAACGAUAUAAUAUAAAAUGAGAUCAUUAGAGGUAUGGAGAAAUAAUUUCUAAAUGAAUUUGAACCAAACUACUUACACACACAAACACAAGUGAAAACACCGAACAUGAUACACAUACAUACAUAUUUAAACGCAAGUUAACCUUUGGAGCACAUUUAUUUGAAGGAAAAUAUCUUAAAGUGCUUAUAAACAUUUUUGCUUUUUACCCUACCAUAUUUUCAAAAAUUGUAAAAGCUUCACAAGCGCCGUCUUAUGAAUUUUUGAUAACAACAAUAAUUUUUUUUUUUUAAUUUUUUGUCAAAAUCGUCAAUCCUCACUUUUUUCCAACUAAAAGUUGGAUAUUUUCAUGAACAUAAUUACUUCCGCACACAUGCACACUUACACACACACAUAUACAUACAUAACUGCAUGAAACAUUGAAAACUAAAAAAUGUUAUUAAAAAAAGUAUUUAUUAAAAAAAUAGAUAAAAGUAUUGGUUUCAUAGCGCACGUACGUUUUACAACAACAACAACAACAAAAUCAAUAAAUAAGUGAUGUUAAAAAUGUUUACGAAAUUAACGAAGAAAAUUAAUGCUAAAUAGGGUUAAAGUAUUGAAAUUAAAAACGUCAAAAUUUAAUUAAGAAAGCAAAUCAAAUUAAUUAAAUGUAAUAAAAUAAGUAUUUGCAUACAUAUAUUAUGUAACACUGCGAAUUGCAUAAAAAACAUAUACCCUUGUUGAAAAAAGCUGACAAAAUAACAUAAACAAGGCAUAAUACAUAUGUAUUGGCUCAACAUUUUUUUUUAAACUGCGUUUUGAAAACCAAAUUUUUUUAUGAAACUGUUAAUUUCUCUGCGCAAAAAGGUGAAUAACUUUAUUUGCAAACAUCUGAAAGCCAACACUAACAUAACUAUGCAGAAUAUGCAGAAAAGUUGUGAAAUAUAACAGUAAAAAUGCAAGCUAAAUGAAAUAGUCGUAGCAAUAUCUAAACAAGGGUAUUUAAAAACAAGCAUUAAAACGAUCGAGAAUCAAAAAUAUUAACUAAAAGGUUAUUAAAAUUAAAAAUAAAACUGUUUAUCAAAUAAAAAUGAGAAAGCGCAGUAAAACACAGCUUCGAAAGUAGCAAAAUGAAGUGUCAGAGUAGGGGAGGGACGCACGCUCCCCAAAGUAAACAAUUGAAUGUUAACAUUAAAUAUAAAAACGAUACAUCAAAUAUGGCAACAAGCAUGGAUGCAAGCAUAACAUAACACAACACAAGUAUAUCGUAAUGUAAAAUUAUAAAAGAAUAAUAUGCGUUAGGUUAAAAGUUCACACAAUAAAGAGCAGACAGACAAACAGAAAUAUGUUGUUGAAAAAAGAAAUCGAGCAAAACAUUUUAAUGCAUUGUAAUAAAAAAUUGAAACACAGCAAAAAUUGUUUGAAAUACACACAUACAUACAUAUUAAACUCAAACAAAAAACUCAAAAAAAAAAAAAACAAAAAAGGAAACAAAAACAAAAACGUAAACAAAUAUUGAUUAGAUUGUGUAAGAGAACGCGUAAUUUUUAGUGUGUUUAAUUCAAAGCAAAUACAAAACAACAAAAAAAAACUCAAUAAUAAAAACAAAACCACAAAAAAAGAAACACAUUCCCAACACCGUUGGCUGGGAACUGAAGCAUCAAAGUAAAUAACAAAGAAAUGAAAGAAACCCUUUUGUGUCUUGUUAAUUAUUAUUGUAUUUCUCUGUAUGUGUAAAGAGAGCGUACGCGAUUAUUACGUUACUUCUUACGUUAUUUGCAUUAAUUAUACAAUUAGUUACUUGUUAUGUAUACAAACAACGACAACAACAAUAAUGAAAAUACACUAAAUGAAGCAUGCUUGCUUACACCCUCACAUCACACACACACACACACACACACAUACGCAAAAUAUAUAAAUACAAAAUAACAGUAAAAUACUUUAGUUAGACACUGAAAAAUGCAGCAAGUACUCGUUAUCAAUUCCAAAAUAUAAUAAAAGUAGUAAUUUGUCAAGUGCAGUGCAAGCUACAGACACCCUGUAUAUUGUGUUUUACGCAGCUAUAAUGAUAGUCACAAGUAAAUUUAACAGUAACAGUAUAAGCACAUACUUACAUGCCCACAAACAAGCAUUUGCCUUAGUUAUUUAAAUUAAUUAUACAGAUUAAUCGAUAACUGCAUAUAUCGAUGUUGAUCGAACCCAUAUUUUAUACGUGAACGUACACGCACGCAUUCAAACAACAAUAAACAAAUGUAUACAAUGCUAUCAUUAUUAUUAUGAUUAUGAUUGUUAUUAUUAUUAUUAUUAUUAUUAUUACUAUUAUUAUAUUUAUGUAAAUGCAAUGUUUAUCUACGCAAAUAUUUAAUAUGUAUGUAAUAACCAACUGGAGGAUGCAUUAUAUUUGGUUAGUUUAUGGUAUGCAUUGUUCAGAUAUUUUUAUAACCCAUUGUAUUUUGUUAGUAAAAGUAUUUACAUACAUAUGUAUAUGCAUAACCAUUCGUUUCAACAGCCAAUGGCUCAAUGUUGUCAACUAAGCAUUCAUGUUAUGUAUUAGCAGCUAUGUCAAUCUAAUUUAAGUCUUAUUGUAAUCGGUUGAAAUAAAAUUUUAUUGAAAUACAAAUACGCUGCUAUGUUGGUGUAUAUUCAUUAUA